AACGUUUCCGAGACGUCAUUGCACAGCGACGGACUGAGAGCUCUCGCGCGCGGGAAGGAGAGAGGGAGAGAGAGAGAUGGAGCCGUUGGCUUCGGACUUGUUCGCCGCGAAGGCUCUCCGCUUCGGGGAGUUCGUGCUGAAGAGCGGCCUGGUCUCCCCGGUCUACGUCGACCUCCGCGUCAUCGUCUCGGACCCGAAGCUGAUGAACAAGGUGGCAGAUCUCCUUUUUCAGGCUGCAGAGGAUGCCAAGCUCAAGUACGGAUCUGUGUGUGGCGUUCCUUAUACUGCUCUGCCCUUGGCUACAAUCGUUUGCUCAGCCAGGCAGAUCCCGAUGCUCAUACGGCGAAAGGAGGCCAAAGACCAUGGUACAAAGCGCAUUGUGGAAGGCACAAUAAAUCCCGGGGAAACUUGCCUGGUCAUUGAAGAUGUAGUUACUAGUGGCUCAAGUGUCUUGGAGACAGCAGAGGUCCUUCGGAAAGAAGGGUUGAAGGUUACCGAUGCCAUAGUGCUCCUGGAUAGAGAGCAAGGAGGGAAAGCCAUACUGGAAAAGCAUGGGAUUCGACUGCACUCAGUAUGUACCUUGUCUCAAAUCCUCAAGAUCCUUGAGCAGCAGAAGAAAGUUUCCCCUGAGAUGUUGGCAAGGGUUGAAAAAUUCAUCCAGGAUAAUAUUAUUAAGCCUUCUGAGCAGAAUGCCACGGCUCCUACCAAAAGGAUAUGCAAAGAAAUGAGUUUUGCUGCUCGGGCAGAGCUACCAGGCAUUCAUCCCCUCGCUGCCCAACUUCUCAGACUCAUGGAGAAAAAGCAGUCUAACUUAUGCCUUUCUGCUGAUGUGACCACAGCCAAAGAAUUAAUCCAUCUGGCUAAUACUCUGGGCCCUUCCAUCUGUAUCUUGAAAACACAUAUCGACAUUCUGGAUGAUUUUUCCCAAGAAGUAGUAAAAGAGUUGAGAAAACUUGCAGACCAGCAUGAGUUCCUGAUAUUUGAAGACCGCAAGUUUGCAGACAUUGGAAAUACUGUGAAGCAUCAGUAUGAAGGUGGCGUUUUCAGAAUAGCAUCUUGGUCAGAUAUAGUCAAUGCUCAUGCUGUUCCUGGCCCUGGAGUUGUUAGGGGCCUGAAAGAAAUAGGGAAUCCUUUACAACGAGGCUGUCUCUUGAUUGGAGAGAUGAGCUCAGAUGGGACACUGGCCACUGGUGACUAUACUGAAGCUGUAGUUAAAAUGGCUGAAGAACAUACAGAUUUUGUUGUGGGAUUUAUUUCUGGCUCCCGAAUAGCUGAAAAACCAGAAUUUCUUUACUUGACUCCAGGUGUUAAGAUGCAGGCAGGAGGUGACAACCUUGGGCAGAAGUACCUGAGUCCUCAAGAAGUUAUCAGUAAAAGGCAUUCAGAUAUCAUCAUUGUAGGACGUGGCAUCUUGUCAGCACCCAAUCCUUUAGAUGAAGCAGAGGCAUAUAGGAAGCUAGCAUGGGAAAGCUACAUGCAGAGGAUUGCUGUUGGCGUGGAAAUGUAAGCCAAGUAUUGCAUUCCAUUAAACAAGGCAAUCCUAGCAAAAUAACUUGUUUUCCCCAAUGAACGUUUCUUGAAAUGCACCAAUAUGCGAACUGUAAGUAUGACACUUGUUGAUAAUGAAUUAAAACAAGUAGUUUUCCUGUUCA